ACAAUGUCGAGAUCUGGUGGAAUGAGUCGUGCUUCAAGUAUACCGACGUUAACAGCUUCCAUCAACAGCCAAUCUAGGAUUCCUGUUCCAGUACGACAUCAUAGCACGUCUGAUCCUCCGGGACGUAACGCCAGUGGAAGUACAACGCCAACUUCAUCCCUCAGAAGGGGCGAAACGACCCCAGGGGGCAGUCAGCGCAAUGUUUCCCUUUUCGAAACGACCGUCACGACAACCAGGAGCUCCGGUCAGACGCCAUCCUCCGGAACCACGAACGGCCGCAGGAGACCCAUUCCGAUGGAUCAGAGAGCCCCCUUCAGAUAGAUUAGUCAACCAUACAUUCGCUCUAGCCUUAUAAGUAAAUAUAAACACAGCUUGAAAAGCUGACUUGAAUUCAAAGCUUUAUCUCUAAACUUGAAAAUCGAAAAAAAUUGCAAUUAAUAAUAAGUCAGUAUUUUUUAACUUAUUUGUGUAUUAUUAUUAUGCAGUCAAACUGAUAUUUUAUGUAUCGAUUGAUACAUAGCAAAAUUAAUUUUAUGUUUUUAAUAAUAAUUUAUAUUGUCAUAUUAUUUUUAAGUGCUACUUAAACUUCGUACUGUCAUAAGGAGUAAUGUCUAAAUUUAAUUUAAAAAAAGACGAAAGGGACCAUUUGUUUAUUGUCUGAAGCUUAUUUAUGAAUGACAUUUAAUAUUGCAGCAAAUGAUCUGUUUAUUUUAAGAGUAUAUGAUUAAUAGAAUUAUAACAAAUUUUGUUUUUGUUUUGAAGAAGUUAAUUCUUGCCAGUUAAUAUUGAUUUUGCUAGAAUAUGUUAAGUUUUUAUUUGUCCCACAUGACCGUUUACUUAUUUUAAUUAUACAAAAACAAGAUCGUGUUCUGCAAGCUUUUGCAAAUUUAGUUCAUAAUGAAUAUAUAUUUUG